UAACGUGAAAGAUUUUUGCGGAGUCCAUUUCCCAUUGCAUUCCUCUUGUAUAAAAAAGAAGUCGAAGUGAAGUGAGCUCCUCUGGUCGGAGAGGAGAGGAGCAGAGCAGAGAUGGCCGGAGCCGGGGAAGACGAAGCAGCUCCUCCUCCCCCUUCUCCACUGGAUCGACAGCAGCCCAUGGAAGAGCCGGUUGGAGAACCACCAUGGCCUCGCCGACGGGCCGUCCUUCCGGAUGGAGGACCUUCCGGCGGAGGUUCAACCUGUUAUAAUGUCACUGCUUCCACUGAAAGAGGCUGUGAGGACAAGCAUUGUUUCAACAAGUUGGAGAAUGCUCUGGAAAUUCCACUGCAAUCUAUGUUUUGAUGGUCCAAAUGAACCAGAUUCUGAUAGCGAUGACGAGUUCGCUGGUCAGGAUAGUACCAAAAUGAAACGAACAAAGUUCAUUGAGACUGUAAGUUCGGUUAUUCAACAGCACAGUGGGAUAGGAGUCAAUAAGUUCAGCAUCCGGUGUGGCGUGCCCAAAGAAGACGCUCAUCAUCUUGACAGGUGGAUUUCGUUUGCCACUUCAUGGAAGGCAAAGAUAAUACAUUUUGAUCUGACAAUAGUUGAUUGGCCAUUAGAAGAAGUUCACCACUUCCCUCUUGAGGCCUUAGGUGCUCAAGGUAGCUCAUUUGUGCAGUCAUUGUUUCUCACUGCUGUUUCUAUAAAGCCACACUCAGGAAUACGUGGCUUUACAAUACUCAGAAGACUUGUUCUGGAAUCUGUUCAGAUAUUUGGGGAUUUCCCUGGUUUGCUUGCAAAUUGUUCAGCACUUGAGGACUUAGAGAUCAUUGGCUGCUAUGGUGUUACUAAUUUAAGCAUACCCCACCAACUCAAUAAACUUCGACAUUUGCUAAUUAAUACUAGUACAACGGAUACCGAGGUGGUUGAGUUUCAUGCUGCUGAUCUUGCUCAUUUUGAGUACAAAGGGCGAGUCAUCCCUAUAGCGCUUCAUGGUUGCUCAAAAUUAGAGAAGGCAACAAUAAUGUUUGUGGACACUAAAGCACUGGCCCAUACAUUCACUUCAGUUCCAAGCAUUUUGGCAGUGAGGAUAUUACACGUGCAAGCUAGUAUAUCAAAAUAUGCACAGUUGCAGAAGCUGCCAACAAGACCACGGGGCAUGUUUAUGCAUUUGAGGCAUAUGACUUGCCAACUAAGUGUAUACUGCAGCAAAGAGAAUGGCGAUAAUGAAGUUCUUCAACUGGCCCAUUGUUUGGAUGCUGCACCCUGACUGGAGACAUUGCGCUUGCAUAUGUUCUAUCUGCAAUCCAGUGGUGUCUCCAGUGGUGAGGUGGCGGGUAUGUGCCGCCAUGAUCAUCUCAAGACGGUCUUCAUGAGCGGGUUUCGCUGUUACAGGGCUCAAACUGAGCUGGCCUGUUGUAUCUUGGGAAAUGCUUGUGUUCGAGCAGCUGACAAUAGAACCAAAGAUCACAAACACAAUAUGGGGAGGUGAUUGUUAUGCGUGGAAUAAAGGCCUCGAAAGAGUUAUACCGGGGAUCUGUGAGUGGGCACGGGUCAUCUCGGAGGGCUUCGGCAAGGUGAUAACCGUCUUAGGUGCCCCCCUUCACAGUGAGUAAACCAAUCCUUUUCCCAUAAAUGUACCAUUGAAUAAUCAUCGGUAGUCUGCAGCAGCUCAGUGUAGCUGGAAGAGGUUUAUUCGUUCAUGUAGUAAUGCUUCUCAAGUGACUUUUUUGGUUACAAUUCAUGGCUAUGCGCCUUUGCCCUCUUCUCUUCACAGAUGAAAAAUCAGUUAAUUUGUGAGUUGGCACAGCUUUA